UCCCGCCCCACCUCUAGCUGCUCCCUGUAAAACAAUAAAUAAAUAAAAAAUUCCAAUAAAAAUGUCAACGGGAAUCCAGGAGCGCCUGCAGCUGAGCCGCACUCCGCUGGACACGUGGACCAAGCGGGAGCAGCUCUGCCUGGCCUCGGCCGUCUCCUGCAGCGGCGACCAGAACUGGAUCACCGUGAGCCGCACGCUCAAGGCGGUUUGUGGCAACGGGAAUGGAGGGAGUGGAAUCAACAACCGGCCGGCGGAUUGGUACUCGCAGAAGAACUGUGCCGUCCAGUAUGGCAAUUUGCUGGAGGGCGUGGAGGCCACCAAGCGGAAGAAGCGCAGCAGCGAGAGCAGCGCCGGCGUCUCGUCGCCGGCUACCGUGGAGACGCCAACGGAGCUGCUGCUGCGCCGGCUAACCGAGGAGCGUCUGGCGGAGAUCAAGGCACAGAUGCGCAGCGACCAGGAGACCUAUCGCCGCAUCCAGCGCGAGAUCGACGCCUUGCAGUCGGACGCGGACGUGACCGAGCAGGAGCUGCAGGACAUGUGGGCGGAGAUCGAGAAGGAGCAGGAGACGCGCCGCAUCGAGGAGAUGAAGCUGGAGAAUCGCAUGCGAGAGCGGGAGCAGCGCAAGAAAGAUCUGGCGGGGGGGAAUUGGCGAAACAGCAGCAGCAGUCCGGCGGCCAGGCGCUCGCUCCAGCCCACGGACACCACCGCCGUUGACAUGGACGUGGAGGACAUGAAUAGCAGCAACACCAGCAGUGUGAACAAGCAGCCGGCCGCUGCGGCACCCUCGCCCCUACUCACAUCCCUGCUGAAAUCUCCCACAGGCAAUGCGCCCACCGGAAUACCCGCCGCAACAGCAGCCACCGGCAGCGUGGCCAGGGCAACAGCGCCCACCAUUACCUCCCUGCUGACCAGUGCCGGCAAUACGGCGUCGGCUGUUGUUUCUAGCCAGCCGGCCAUCACCUUGAUGAGUUCCACGGACGCGGCUUUUAUGUCCCGGCCUAUUAGUGGCCCGCCGGCAGCCAUUGAGGCUCUCGCUACCACCACGCCCACCCUGGAACGCAGUCCAUCGCAGUCGGCACCCACGCUGUCAAUGCUGCUGGAGAAGAACAAGACGACGCCCGCAAAGUCGGAGGCGCCAGCUGGCAGCCAGGAGCAGCCAUUGGUGGACGAGGCGACUUCUGGGACAACUGCCGCGGUGGAUUCCGACGAGGCAGAUCCCAACGAGCUAUUGGAAGUGUUUCCCAACAUUGACGAAAUAAUCGAUGAUAUCGACAUAGACAUGGCCAGCGUCAUCGAUGAUGAGAUCCUCAAGGAUGUAGAGGACGUGGUGAACUCGCCCUCGAACGAUAAAGGCGAGGUGAUUGACUUUGAGGACAAACUGGAUGCACUGAAGCGGGAUGAGAACAAAGCCUCGCCAACGGCGAGUGAUAAGCCCAAGUCCGUGGAGGUUGUCCUCGGUUCCAGCGAUGACUCCAACGACAACAUUCCCCUGGCAGCUGUUGCCUCGCAGGAAAGCAAGGAUCGCGGUCAGUCGGGAGGCGAAUCCACCAGAGGCACUGAGGAAGCCGAGUCCGAGGAGCCGCUGCCCAGUGAGGUGACCGUGGAGGAAAUUGGCGAGACCAUCACCCUCAUCAGCACAUCCAGCGAGGAUACUGCGAGUCCACCUACAGCCAAGGUGGAGGAGGAAGCGCCGGGCGAAACCCUCACCAAGACUGAAGAACCCAAGGAAGAGGUAAUUAAGCUGGCCAAACCAAGCAAAGAUAAGGAGGCCACUGGGGAACCAGAAACCGCGGAAGAGCCAGAGAAAGCUGAGGGCAAAGGCAAGAAAGAGGAAACUGAGAAGUCCUCAACUGUCGAGGAGGAAAAGGUGGCCACACCCUCAACACCAGCUUCGGCGCCGGCGGCUAGCAGCUCCCUGCAUGACACCGACGAGGAGGAGUCCUCAUCCCUUACGGACAGCAGCAAGCCGGAGGAGCAGCCCCGAGGUAGUGCCAGGGUGAAGCCACCCAUCUCCAAGCUAGCACAGGAUGAGACCAAAACAGAACCCGAGGGGACCAGUACACCACAGCCACCCUCGGCGCCGACACGUACUCCUAUGCUGCGCAAGCUACCGCAUCGGGAUCGUUCGGAGAGUCCCAUGGUGGACGAUGAGACGACAACGGCCAGCGAUCAUUCCACAGCCAGAUCGAGCACACGUCGCCGAUGCUCCUCCACGCCGGUCAUAGACAGCAUACCCAACUCGCCCGCCUCCAGCGAGCACACCGAUGAUCGCCGGGAAACGCGAGCGGCCACCAAGAAGCUCUUCCUCUCAAUCUACGCCACGCUGCAGGAGAGCAAGCAUGCGGCGCCGUUUCGCCGACCCUUCCACGAGGAGCAUGCCCAGCGGCAUGCAGAUCUGUGCCUGCGGCCCAUGGAUCUCACCACGAUCAAACGGAACAUAGACUCGGGCUUUAUACGCAGUCUAAGCGAGCUGCAUCGCGAUGUCCUGCUGAUGGCCCAUAAUGUGUUGGUGGCCUACAAGCCGCACACCAAUCAGCACAAGACGGCGCGUCUGUUUGUCCAGGACUGUCAGGCCAUCAAGGAGUUUGCCCAGCAGGCAGAGGCAUCUUCGGUCACCAGUUCAGUGGCCACGCCGACGAAUCACCAGAACAACAGCAGCCGAACGGAGCGGGAGAAGGCGAGCGGUAGCAAGGCAAGGAGCGGUUCCCGGAAGAGUCAAAGGCAUCAUUAGGACAUCAAGAUCAUCUCAAGAAGUAUUUUUUACAUUUAAAUCGUUUACUAAUUCAAGCUAAAAACACAUUUAAACACAACUCACGACCUACCAUUUAACAAUAAACUAAUUAAUCAAAGAA